UAAUUCUGUUAUCUAAAAAUAGGCCUCACGAGAUCUAUACAAGUUUUCGCCAAUUCGCCUGUCUGCUUCAGUUUUUCUCUUAGAAGAUGAAAAAGGAAAAUGCUUUUCACAUCAGAAUUUAUAAUGCUUUUUCUGUUUAUGAUUUUGCAAACUUAUUUCAAAUGUAGUCACACAACUUUGCAAGGGGAGGAAGUGGCAAAAUGGGCAAAUAAAAUUGGAGGUGAGCUAUGGAUGUUGGGAAAAGAAGUGACAAAAAUUACUGAAAUUGAACAGAAAUAUGCAUUUUUGAAUGCAAAAGUAGGCGAGAAAGACCCAACAGAACUACUGACUGAAAUAAAGGAAAAUAUUCUAAGGAUGAUGGAUAGAAAAAUGGACGCAAUAAGAUGCAUACAACAAGAAGCUGAAGAAGUAGCUGAAAAUUUUGAAUAUGUCCCUGACAUGCCUUUUAAAUAUUACAGUUCCAGAUGGUCAUCUAUAGAAGGCGCUGAACCUGCUAAGUUAGGAAAAGCGCUCAAGAGAAACCGAAACAUGUAUUCGAACCUUAAACUAAAUAAUGAUACUCACUUCUAUAAUUUACCCGUCAAUACCAGUCAUAGUUCCGUUCAUGUUCCUACAAAUGUAUACGAUAAAGAACACAAAGUUGCAGAAGCAAUUCAAUGGUCGGAAGCCUUAGACAAAGUAUUUGCGCAAAAUUAUAAAUCAGAUCCUGCACUUUCUUGGCAAUAUUUUGGAAGUGCUUCUGGAAUAAUGCGCCAUUAUCCUGCAAUGCACUGGACAGACAGGAGGGAUGUUAACAGAAAUCUUUUCGAUUGUCGCAUUAGAACUUGGUUUAUUGAAGCUGCCACUUGCACCAAAGAUGUUGUCAUUCUUAUUGAUAAUUCUGGAUCCAUGGAUGGGAUGGGAAGACAUAUAGGAGCACUAACAGCUCAUAGCAUUCUGGAUACAUUUUCCAAUAACGACUAUGUGAAUGUUUUGAACUAUUCGGAAACUACGGACUAUAUAGUGCCAUGUUUUGAAAACCAUUUAGUUCAAGCCACGAAGGAAAACAUUCAUGUUUUCAAAGAUGCAAUUGAUAGGUUAGAACCUAAUGGAAAAACUCUACUUGAGCAAGCAUUGGCAAUAGCAUUUGAGCUUCUUAAUAAGUACCGAGAUAUUCGUGGCUGUAAUGGCGAAAAUAACACUGAUUGUAAUCAAUCCAUCAUGAUCUUAACAGACGGGGUAAAUGCUAAUUAUAGUGACAUUGUAAUGAAAAAUAAUCACUUAUUUAAUGAUAGCACUAUACCUGUUCGAAUAUUCACAUAUCUGAUAGGACAGGAAGUAACAAAUGUGGAGGAAAUCAAGUGGAUGGCAUGUGCUAAUAGAGGAUACUACACUCAUGUACAAACAUUAGAGCAAGUUACCGCAUCCGUAUUACAGUAUAUUUACGUCGUAGCAAGGCCUCUAGUUUUACAAGCUGAAGAUCAUCCUGUCUCGUGGACUCAUACGUACGCGGAUAUAACUUAUGAUGAUAAAACUGAUAUUACUAUAAAUGAACCUUACAGACUCUUAACUUCGGCAGCUAUACCAUGCUAUGAUAGGAAAAUUAAUAAGAUGAAUGACACCAGAACUGCUGAACUUUUAGGUGUAGCUGGAACAGAUGUUCCUUUGGAAGAAUUUAUGAAACUAACACGCCCUUAUAAGAUUGGUGUCAAUGCUUAUGCUUUCAUAGUAAGUAACAACGGAUAUGUAUUGAUGCACCCAGCAUUAAAGCCGAUGUUUGAAGGUAUAGAGAAGGAAAAUUACAAUAGCAUUGAUAUUACAGAAGUAGAACAGCAUUAUAACGAUAUUCAUCCUCGUCAAAUGAGUGAAUCUGUUCGAUAUUUACGCGCAGCAUUAGUCAACGGUUCUGAAGGCAGUUUGCAUAAUGUCAUUUUGAAAUAUCACUAUGAUGAUAACAGAAGAUUCUCAGAAGAAGCUUAUGACUAUUAUUUUUCGCAUUUAACUGGAACACCAUUUUCUCUAGCUAUUGCCAUUCCAAAUCGUUAUGGCAACUAUUCUCUAGAUGUGGGAAAUCAAAUUCAGAAAAAUAGACACACUGGAGAAAAUUUAACUUCUUUUUUCAAAGGAAAAUGGAAGGUACAUCCCAAAUGGAUAUACUGUAGAUAUCAUUACUUAGAAGGUCACGAAUUUAAAACUCCUGAAGAGGAACUCAUUCAUUUUUUAGGGAAAAUGUACGACAUGGAUUUCAAAUGGGAACGUCAAUAUGAGCCUCUAGAAUCUGAAGAUAUUAAUACCAUUGAAUGUGGAAGAAAAACUCUUGGUGAUGACGAUUAUUAUUGCGAUAAACAGUUAGUUCAAAGACUAAUUUUUGAUGCUCGAAACACAUACGAGCCAUUUAAAGAAAAAUGGGCAUUUCAGUCUAAUGAAAAAUUAUUAAGUAAAUUCAAUAAAUACAAUGUUACCCUUAGAUUCGUGGCAACAAUGAGCGGACUUACGAGAUGGGAUUAUAUCUUUGAUGAAUACGCAAAAACAAAGGCAAAAUCCAAAGAAUUUGGGGAUUUAAAUCCGAGAGCUAUCGAUGAAAAGUGGUAUAAAAGCGCUGUACUACAGCAUCAAUAUGACACUGAAUCAUUUGUAUAUUCCGUUCCGUUCAAAUACGAAAAUAAUCCUGAAAGGUUGGUUACUGGAAGUUACGCGAUUUUUGCCAAAGAUGCUGGAAUAGAGGCUCCUGGAUCUGUGGUAGGGUACCAAUUUUCACAAGAUAAACUUAAAUCAAGCGUGCAUGAAGUGACUACUAAGUUAUCGAAUCAAUGUUCAGACUGCGAUAAAUGUGGAGAAAAUUUAGUUUGCUAUGUUCUAGAUAAUUCUGGAUAUAUUUUAGUCUCUAGCAAUAUAAAUGAUGAUUACAGUGGAAUGUUUUUCGGCGAAAUUGAAGGUGAUAUACUGGAGUCAAUGCUAGCCAACAACGUAUUUCUUAUGAAAACUUUUUUUGAUUAUCAAGCUUUGUGCCGCUGGGAAGAAGUGGGAAAUAGUUCUAGCACCAUUCUUCAAACACCUUUACACUAUGCUUCAAAUAUUAUUCAAUGGUUUUUGCUAAAGAUGUUUUACGGUAUCGCAGAAGUUAAUCUAUUUCAACUAAUGGAUCCUGUCUUAACGUUUGCACAGGAAAUGUAUGAUAGUGUUGCUGAAAAUACAAAUUCCAGCGAUUAUGAAUACGAGGAAGAAAUACCAGAAGUAGAAGAAGAAUAUACAAACAAUGCUGGAAAAUAUUUUGCUUGUGAGAAGAAAGUUAACUUAUUCAUUUUUCAACAAACAUUGUUUAUCAAGGACAAUUUCCACGGUGAAUUAAAUACUCCCGAGAGAAAAUAUUAUGUCAAGCGGAUACCGAACAGCAAUCUGGCUUUCGUAGCAGCAGAAAAUAAAUUAUCGUUGAAAAACCCGAAACCGCGAUAUACAACAGAUCCUAUAAGGAUUUCACCAGCACCUGUAUGGACUUACGAAGAAAUGAACAGUACAUUGUUACCGUGUCAGAAACUUUAUUUGAACUCACUGCCCCGCAGAAGGCUUACCGGAUGUUAUAAUGACCAUCCUUUGGAACGAGAAAUUGAAGCAUGUGGAAGAUCUACUAUGUUACUAAUUAGUAAGAGUUUUCCAAUCAUUCCCAUGAUCUUCUUAUAUUUACUGUAAAAUUAAUUUAGAUGCAAUGUAACAUUGAAUAAAGUGCCUAGGUAUUAAUAAUUUU